GGCAUGAAUUGGGAAGACGGUAAAGUUUUUCCAUCCGGAGUGACUUUCCAUAAAAUCGGAAUCUCGCAGUGGGAUAUUGAAAAAGAUGAAAACGGAUGGAAAAUGCGUUCGCUUAAAACCCUCCUGAAAGAGUUAGGCCACUCUGGUAGAAUCAUCGAUAUUUUAAAGGUAGAUACGGACGCUCCUAUGGGUGGCGGGUUCGAAGACAUGCUCAUGCAAGAAAUGCUGGAUACAGACUUACACCAGUGCGUGCGCCAAUUCGUAUUGGAAAUUCACAUCCCCGGUCCCAUUGCUGAACCCAAGUGGUUGAAUAGAUGUCGCAGAGUCUACCGUCAGAUGUCGCACUUGAGCAACCUGGGUUAUAAAACAUUCAACAUGACGGAUAACGUGAGAUACUUACAGAACAUACAUCAUAACCCAAGUUUGACAGCAGAGAACGGCGUGAGACCAUAUUUGAUUUAUAGUCAUAGGGCGGCUCUAUAUGAGAUUUCACAAGUUAACGUUAAAGUCGCGAACUCGUGCCCAGUGUCUUAAAUUGCUCAAUAAUGUAAUGUACUCAGUAUAAGGAAACCUAAAACAAAUAUAUAUAUACAUAUAUAGUGGGGUGGGGGAAGAUGGGAAACCCUUGGGACAUAAUAUCCCAUUCUAAUCGUGUUUUAAACAGUUAACAACAGUCUAUGGGAGUCGUGAGGACUCAGUUUUAUAAUUCUUUGAAUUUUUUUUGUUUACACCAAAUAGGACAAGAAAAAAAAAGUGUCUCAUCUUCCCCACACUACUAUACAUAAAAUUACUAAUUUAGCCUUGUUUUUGCACGUUGCAUUUGCGGUGGUGAAAUUUAAGAAAAUCAUUUUAAACAAUCAGUGUUUUUUGGUCUCGCCCAAUUUGAAUUCUAGACAAAGUGUCUCUAAAAACGUUUUAUAAAUUUUCCAUGUCCUUAUACAAAAUAUUUUGUAAUAACUGUGCAUUUCACCCGUAUGUGUGUUUUAUGUAAUACAAAAUACACGUGCAUCUUCACAAUAAACUUUUCUUUAU